GAGAAUCAAAUCGAAUCGUGAAAUUUGUGUCAAAACCCAGCCCUAAUGUCUAGCCAUGGUGAACUGACAUUUGACCUGGAACUUUGAGUUGAUUUGAGUGGAUUCUUUUUUUAAAAGAUGUUGAUUCUCAUUUUGAAAUUUGUCAUGAAAUUUAUCACACACCUGCGAAUAAUGUUGUUUUAACAUGUCAUAAUGUUACUCUACAGCCCCCCGUUUAAUUCGAUGUUAGACAUUGAGGAGAUGCUUUCUUAUCUAAAGUGCACAUAUCUUUCUUUUCUGCAGUAUCUGGCCACUAGAGCGUACAACAAAACUCUUCUAAUAGAAAAAUUAUUGCAGCGCUUCUUUUGUGAUGAGCUAGCAGAAAGGCGAAAAGUACAUGAAGAAGAGAUGAAAGAAUUGUCAAACUUGAACCAGGGAGUGCCCAUCUUUGUUUGCACUAUGGCAUUUCCUACUAUUCCCUGCCCACUGCAUGUUUUUGAGCCUCGAUACAGGCUUAUGAUUCGCAGAUCUAUGGAAACGGGAACCAAACAGUUUGGCAUGUGCAUUGCUGAUGAACUAAAAGGGUUUGCAGACCACGGCUGUAUGCUGCAGGUGAGGGAUGUCAAGUUUUUUCCUGAUGGACGCUCUGUGGUGGACACCAUAGGCAUUGCUCGUUUCAGAGUGCUCACUCACGGCCAGAGAGAUGGAUACCACACAGCCAAGAUUGAAUAUUUGGAGGAUAAAAAGGUUGAAGGAGAGGUGUUGACUGAGCUCCUGAAGUUGCAUGACUCUGUGUAUGAUCAGGCCUUGGGCUGGUUCACUUCCCUUAAAGAUGAUAUGAAGAACCAGAUCAUCAGCCACUUUGGGCAGCUGCCUGUCAAAGACUCUGACCCACAGGAUAAUCCCAAUGGUCCUGCGUGGUGUUGGUGGCUGUUGGCUGUGCUGCCGCUGGAAAACAAAGCCCAGCUGACCAUCCUCGCCAUGAACACUCUUAAGGAUCGGCUGAUCGCCAUCCGCAGGGUCCUCAUUUUUGUAACUCGCAAGCGCCCUCGAUGAUAAAUGAGGUCUUGGUCUAAAUGAGAUUAUCAACAUCAGCCCAUAGCUUGGGAAUGCUGAUUUAGGCUGGGGUCACUGAGGUUUCUUCCAGCGGCCAUCUUGGUCCGUCAUUGCAGCACGCAACCCUCACCUGUGACAUUGUUCAAUGAAAAAAAAAUUGCAUCUAAAUAUGUUAAUUUAGGCUCAUCAGUUGGCAGUGGUGAGCUAAGUUGUAGUCAUGCUAUGAGAGAGAUAAUCAUUAAUGGCCUACAUUAGGAAGUUCUCAUUUAGUUCAGGUGCAGUAAAUCCGUUUACCAGUUUAACAGUAGCAUCAAACAUGAAAACAGUGGGAAGUUUUUUUAAGCAUCUUCGGUCUUUUGAAAAUAACACCUCUGUUUUGUGCCUAGGUAGUGUGUACGACUGACCAAAUGCUUCCCAUGGGCUUGCAAAUAUAAAAACUGGCCUUGUGUGUUAGUUAAAAAAAAUCCAUGUGCUUCAGUUGGGAAAUGAGCAGUCACCUUAUUUCCAUAUUGUAAAAGAUGAUUAAAAGAAAAACUAAUUUUACUUAAUUUAAUAUUACAUGUACUGUAACCCUGCUUUCUCUGUAUCUUUGUUGCUUAUACACAUUUAGAUGUCUAGUUCAUUCUCAAAACAUAAACUCUGUCAGAAAUUACAACGUUCUACUGACAUCCAUUUAAUUUUCCCCCAUUGGUUUAAAAGGCUGCACACUCGUACCUUGAAUACAGCCUUAAUGAUAUUUAGUAACAACAACAGGUGUUGUUUUUAUAUUUCAAGAGUCUGUUUGUGAUUUUUGUCAUGAAGUGAAUAUUAAUUGGAAAAAAUUUAAACAUUCAGAAUGAGUAAAUUGUAAACUGGAGCAAAAUUGUGUGAAGUCCUACUAUAAAUCAUGUUUGAACAAGCACCAUUUUUAUGCGUGACAUGUAAUAUACAUGUAGAGUGUAAUGUGUGGAUGGGUGGCUUAUGUCUAUAUAUUAAUCUUUAUAGACUAUGAGAGGCCUUCGAGCAUUCAUUCAGUUUCUUCUCAUUGUUCUUUUCUCUGUGACGUGCAUGUCUUGUGUACCUUUUCCUGUGCAAAUUACUACUUAAAUGCUGCAUUUUUGGUGUAAAUGUGUAAAUCAAUAU